AUGGAAACCGAUGCCAUUAUAACUGCUUGUGCUAUGACAUAUUUUGGCAUAAGCUCUCUUGAUAUGCCAGUUGAUGAGGUCAUCCCCCCACACAUAUUGAAUGGGAGUGAUGAUGAAAAGCGGUUAUGGUAUCAUAGGCAUGUGAAAAGUAUGGUAUUAAAGUAUGUAAUGAACAAAGAGUCUGAAAUAUUUCAUAGUAUGGUAGAAGGAGUGCAGCAGCAUAAUCGACCCAAGUCCAGAGAUAUUUACAAUUGCAGAGUUUGCAACAAGGAAUAUCGCUACAAGAAAGCAAUGGAAAAUCAUGAAACAAAGAAGCAUGACUAUAAUGUUCACAAAGACGAGUCUUCAACUGAUACGAGUGAAGAAACUGAAAAGAGUAAAAGUACUGACAAGUCUGAUUACAUAUAUAACUAUGCAUGUGUUAGACUUAGCAUGGGGGGUUGUUUGUACGGAAUUUUGAUGAUGCAGUAAGAGAAGGGGAUGGACAGCGGAUUAUUAAGUGCUGGAAAUACAUGACAUUGCUGUUCAAAGCAUAUAAUCACAAUAAGUAUGCAUUUGCAGGUUUACAGCUACAAGCUAACAUAUAUGCACUCUGUACACCGCAAGAAGCACAUCGUCUCAUGUGGAACAGAACUGUUAAUGUAAAAGGACAAAAGGGAAAGAAUAUAUCCCUUGAUCUCAGGCUAGAGCAUCUAAAUCACAUACUCAAGGAGAUGUUGAGAAACCUCGGUCCUAACCUUAACGAAGUUACUGCAGCACGUGCCAGUCAUUCACUUAUGCGUAUUGAGAAGUUUCUUAAGUCCGUAGAUGAGGAAGUAGGCAGACAUCAGCCAUCAGGUCAUCAUGUAAUUGCGAAGUGGGAGUCUGACUUUAAAGAACUUGUCAACCAGUUCCACAUAAAAGGUGAAGUGUUCUGUUUCACAGAAGGCAGGGAGUAUGACAAAUUUCCCAAGUUUGAUCGCAAUGUACUACAUAAUAUAAAUUUCAAAAACCUAAAUGACUGGAUGAAUGAACACAAAAGGAAGCUUGGUGAUGCUAAAAAAUAAACUUGGUUUUGAUAUUUUGAUAUGGCAUAUUACGGUUAAUGUUGUGGAAAAUAUGCAAUAAAUGAUAUGGCAUAUUACAGUUAAUGUUGUGGAAAAUAUGCAAUAAGUGGUAUAAAAUCAGGGAUAUUUCAAGCAUUUUAAUCAACUAGUAGAAGAUUGAGUUAUUAUUUAGUUAUCCUCUUAGAGAGGGAUCUAAGGGCAUGUGGUCACCCAGAAAAAUUUUGAAUUUUACAAUUCUUACUGUAAAAACUGUACUAUGGCAUGCUUUGUUGGCAAUUUCAUGUUGACAUAUACCUUUGUAUAUGUUUAAUUAUUCCUACAAUGAUUGAGUAUUUUCUUUCAUAACUACUAAUUUACAGUGUAACAACUAUAUAUAAUUUCUCCAUGCAGGUAUAUUGUAAUCGAGAAACUGCUUGAAAGUAUCCCUGAAAAUGCUAAAAAACAAACCACUUACUAAAAGUGUGAUAUAUAAAUGACAUAUUAAAGUGAACAUGAUAUCAACAUGAUAUGAACAUGUUGUGUAUUUGUGAUUAUAAAAUAAUGAUCUACCUACAACAGCGUUAAUAUCUGAAAACAUAGUCUUCAAUCAGGCUUUCCCAUUUUGGGCCAUUCACAAGGGAUAUCCGAGCCGAGGGGGGAGAGGGGUUGGAAAAUCAGGACAAACUCGGACAUGGGGGGGGGGGGAUUUUUAGCAAUCCAGAUGUCCGAAAUUGAAAAAAAAAAUCAAAAACAAAUUUCUUUCUCCUCUAUUUUGAACUCUCCUUCCCAUUGUCAAAUUGGCAUUUUGACUAUGCAGUUAAUACCAGAUUUUGUUUAAUAAUUAGUAAUUUAUAUGUUUUUGUAUUCACAUUUAUAGUUAUAAAAAAAUUCUAAAAGUAAAAAAGUUUUUUACUCUUGACAUAUACAAGGUUGCGUGAGUUUUUGCGAGGCAUGGCGGAUGUCCGGGGGGAGGGGGGUCACUAAUUUGGACAAGGGGGGAAGGGGGGGUCUGAAAAUCCAUAAUUUGGCUGGACAUCCUUUGUGAAUGGCCCCUUUCAUAUUCAAUCUGAAGUAGACUCCUCAUCUGAAUCAUGCAUAUCAACUAAUAAAUAAGGCUGGAACUCAUUCUCAUUUAGUUCAGUUCUUGAGCAACCAUCUGUGCCAGUAUCAACAGCUUCAAGGUCGGUUUCGUCAAUGUCAUCAAAUAAUUCAUGAAAAAUAUUUAGUAUCUCCACCGCAUGUUGGCGAUUAAAUACAUGUAGGUGUGUCAUAAUGUAGUCUAUGCUACAAACAUACUUUGCUUGCUGGAGAAUAAGUUGAAUCAGUUUAUCAGAGAAACCUGUGGAAUACUGUGCAUGCAAAUAAUAGUUGCAAUUUCCUGCAAGUUGAGAUUGAUAAUCAACCAGAAUGUCCUGCAAUAAUUGUUUAUCUUCUCUUGAAACACUCCUUUCUUUCACAGUAAUGGAGUUGUCACUAUCCACAUGUGAUUCGGUGGUUUCAUGACAGUUGACUAUUUCCUCACUACAACAGUUCCUACAUGGUGGGCUUAUAUACACGGGUGGGCUUAUAUUCAAAGGGGGCUAGCUAUAUUCGGAGGUUUACGGUAUAUAUGUACCAAGUUGAAAGAAGCAGUUCAGGCUACUUUGGAAGAUAAAUUUCCUGAUAUAAAAAGUUUAAUGGAUCAUCAAUACUGCGCCUUGUCCAAUUUGAUUGAUCAUAAAGAUGUAUUUUGCAUACUGAGAGUUUAAUAUUCCAAAUAGUACCGAGUGUAGCAUAACGACUUGGAAAAACACACAAUUUCCCAGAGAAACCCAUUUUAAUAGUCAUAUGCCCAUUGAACUCUUUGAUCGACUCUCAUGUCUGUGAAGUAAGAAAGCGUGGAUUCAGUGUUACUUAACUGUCAAACGAAGAGGAUGAGAAAGCAAUUCCAGAUGGAGAGUUUACAUUCGUAUUUUGUAAUACCGAGUCUAUUAUUCAAAGUGCGAAAUGGAGAGAAAUGGUUUCAUCAGAAAUAUACCAGGCAAAUUUGCUUGCUUUUGUAACAGAUGAAGUUCCGUCAUCCCAAAGUUAAUGUAAAAGGACAAAAGGGAAAGAAUAUAUCCCUUGAUCUCAGCGCUAGAGCAUCUAAAUCACAUACUCACGGAGAUGUUGAGAAACCUCGGUUCUAACCUUGACGAAGUUACUGCAGCACGUGCCAGUCAUUCACUUGUGCGUAUUGAGAAGUUUCUUCAGUCCGUAGAUGAGGAAGUAGGCAGACAUCAGCCAUCAGGUCAUCAUGUAAUUGCGAAGUGGGAGUCUGACUUUAAAGAACUUGUCAACCAGUUCCACAUAAAAGGUGAAGUGUUCUGUUUCACAGAAGGCAGGGAGUAUGACAAGUUUCCCAAGUUUGAUCGCAAUGUACUACAUAAUAUAAAUUUCAAAAACCUAAAUGACUGGAUGAAUGAACACAAAAGGAAGCUUGGUGAUGCUAAAAAAUAAACUUGGUUUUGAUAUUUUGAUAUGGCAUAUUACGGUUAAUGUUGUGGAAAAUAUGCAAUAAAUGAUAUGGCAUAUUACAGUUAAUGUUGUGGAAAAUAUGCAAUGAGUGGUAUAAAAUCAGGGAUAUUUCAAGCAUUUUAAUCAACUAGUAGAAGAUUGAGUUAUUAUUUAGUUAUCCUCUUAGAGAGGGAUCUAAGGGCAUGUGGUCACCCGGAAAAAUUUUGAAUUUUACAAUUCUUACUGUAAAAACUGUACUAUGGCAUGCUUUGUUGGCAAUUUCAUGUUGACAUAUACCUUUGUAUAUGUUUAAUUAUUCCUACAAUGAUUGAGUAUUUUCUUUCAUAACUACUAAUUUACAGUGUAACAACUAUAUAUAAUUUCUCCAUGCAGGUAUAUUGUAAUCGAGAAACUGCUUGAAAGUAUCCCUGAAAAUGCUAAAAAACAAACCACUUACUAAAAGUGUGAUAUAUAAAUGACAUAUUAAAGUGAACAUGAUAUCAACAUGAUAUGAACAUGUUGUGUAUUUGUGAUUAUAAAAUAAUGAUCUACCUACAACAGCGUUAAUAUCUGAAAACAUAGUCUUCAAUCAGGCUUUCCCAUUUUGGGCCAUUCACAAAGGAUAUCCGAGCCGAGGGGGGAGGGGGGUUGGAAAAUCAGGACAAACUCGGACAUGGGGGGGGGGAUUUUUAGCAAUCCAGAUGUCCGAAAUUGAUUGGCAUUUUGACUAUGCAGUUAAUACCAGAUUUUGUUUUAAUUAGUAAUUUAUAUGUUUUUGUAUUCACAUUUAUAGUUAUAAAAAAAUUCUGAAAGUAAAAAAGUUUUUUACUCUUGACAUAUACAAGGUUGCGUGAGUUUUUGCGAGGCAUGGCGGAUGUCCGGGGGAGGGGGGUCACUAAUUUGGACAAGGAAGGGGGGGUCUGAAAAUCCAUAAUUUGGCUGGACACCCUUUGUGAAUGGCCCCUUUCAUAUUCAAUCUGAAGUAGACUCCUCAUCUGAAUCAUGCAUAUCAACUAAUAAAUAAGGCUGGAACUCAUUCUCAUUUAGUUCAGUUCUUGAGCAACCAUCUGUGCCAGUAUCAACAGCUUCAAGGUCGGUUUCGUCAAUGUCAUCAAAUAAUUCAUGAAAAAUAUUUAGUAUCUCCACCGCAUGUUGGCGAUUAAAUACAUGUAGGUGUGUCAUAAUGUAGUCUAUGCUACAAACAUACUUUGCUUGCUGGAGAAUAAGUUGAAUCAGUUUAUCAGAGAAACCUGUGGAAUACUGUGCAUGCAAAUAAUAGUUGCAAUUUCCUGCAAGUUGAGAUUGAUAAUCAACCAGAAUGUCCUGCAAUAAUUGUUUAUCUUCUCUUGAAACACUCCUUUCUUUCACAGUAAUGGAGUUGUCACUAUCCACAUGUGAUUCGGUGGUUUCAUGACAGUUGACUAUUUCCUCACUACAACAGUUCCUACAUGGUGGGCUUAUAUACACGGGUGGGCUUAUAUUCAAAGGGGGCUAGCUAUAUUCGGAGGUUUACGGUAUAUAUGUACCAAGUUGAAAGAAGCAGUUCAGGCUACUUUGGAAGAUAAAUUUCCUGAUAUAAAAAGUUUAAUGGAUCAUGAAUACUGCGCCUUGUCCAAUUUGAUUGAUCAUAAAGAUGUAUUUUGCAUACUGAGAGUUUAAUAUUCCAAAUAGUACCGAGUGUAGCAUAACGACUUGGAAAAACACACAAUUUCCCAGAGAAACCCAUUUUAAUAGUCAUAUGCCCAUUGAACUCUUUGAUCGACUCUCAUGUCUGUGAAGUAAGAAAGCGUGGAUUCAGUGUUACUUAACUGUCAAACGAAGAGGAUGAGAAAGCAAUUCCAGAUGGAGAGUUUACAUUCGUAUUUUGUAAUACCGAGUCUAUUAUUCAAAGUGCGAAAUGGAGAGAAAUGGUUUCAUCAGAAAUAUACCAGGCAAAUUUGCUUGCUUUUGUAACAGAUGAAGUUCCGUCAUCCCAAAGUUAAUGUAAAAGGACAAAAGGGAAAGAAUAUAUCCCUUGAUCUCAGGCUAGAGCAUCUAAAUCACAUACUCAAGGAGAUGUUGAGAAACCUCGGUCCUAACCUUAACGAAGUUACUGCAGCACGUGCCAGUCAUUCACUUGUGCGUAUUGAGAAGUUUCUUCAGUCCGUAGAUGAGGAAGUAGGCAGACAUCAGCCAUCAGGUCAUCAUGUAAUUGCGAAGUGGGAGUCUGACUUUAAAGAACUUGUCAACCAGUUCCACAUAAAAGGUGAAGUGUUCUGUUUCACAGAAGGCAGGGAGUAUGACAAGUUUCCCAAGUUUGAUCGCAAUGUACUACAUAAUAUAAAUUUCAAAAACCUAAAUGACUGGAUGAAUGAACACAAAAGGAAGCUUGGUGAUGCUAAAAAAUAAACUUGGUUUUGAUAUUUUGAUAUGGCAUAUUACGGUCAAUGUUGUGGAAAAUAUGCAAUAAAUGAUAUGGCAUAUUACAGUUAAUGUUGUGGAAAAUAUGCAAUAAGUGGUAUAAAAUCAGGGAUAUUUCAAGCAUUUUAAUCAACCAGUAGAAGAUUGAGUUAUUAUUUAGUUAUCCUCUUAGAGAGGGAUCUAAGGGCAUGUGGUCACCCGGAAAAAUUUUGAAUUUUACAAUUCUUACUGUAAAAACUGUACUAUGGCAUGCUUUGUUGGCAAUUUCAUGUUGACAUAUACCUUUGUAUAUGUUUAAUUAUUCCUACAAUGAUUGAGUAUUUUCUUUCAUAACUACUAAUUUACAGUGUAACAGCUAUAUAUAAUUUCUCCAUGCAGGUAUAUUGUAAUCGAGAAACUGCUUGAAAGUAUCCCUGAAAAUGCUAAAAAACAAACCACUUACUAAAAGUGUGAUAUAUAAAUGACAUAUUAAAGUGAACAUGAUAUCAACAUGAUAUGAACAUGUUGUGUAUUUGUGAUUAUAAAAUAAUGAUCUACCUACAACAGCGUUAAUAUCUGAAAACAUAGUCUUCAAUCAGGCUUUCCCAUUUUGGGCCAUUCACAAAGGAUAUCCGAGCCGAGGGGGGAGGGGGGUUGGAAAAUCAGGACAAACUCGGACAUGGGGGGGGGGGGAUUUUUAGCAAUCCAGAUGUCCGAAAUUGAAAAAAAAAAUCAAAAACAAAUUUCUUUCUCCUCUAUUUUGAACUCUCCUUCCCAUUGUCAAAUUGGCAUUUUGACUAUGCAGUUAAUACCAGAUUUUGUUUUAAUUAGUAAUUUAUAUGUUUUUGUAUUCACAUUUAUAGUUAUAAAAAAAUUCUGAAAGUAAAAAAGUUUUUUACUCUUGACAUAUACAAGGUUGCGUGAGUUUUUGCGAGGCAUGGCGGAUGUCCGGGGGAGGGGGGUCACUAAUUUGGGGAAGGGGGGGUCUGAAAAUCCAUAAUUUGGCUGGACAUCCUUUGUGAAUGGCCCCUUUCAUAUUCAAUCUGAAGUAGACUCCUCAUCUGAAUCAUGCAUAUCAACUAAUAAAUAAGGCUGGAACUCAUUCUCAUUUAGUUCAGUUCUUGAGCAACCAUCUGUGCCAGUAUCAACAGCUUCAAGGUCGGUUUCGUCAAUGUCAUCAAAUAAUUCAUGAAAAAUAUUUAGUAUCUCCACCGCAUGUUGGCGAUUAAAUACAUGUAGGUGUGUCAUAAUGUAGUCUAUGCUACAAACAUACUUUGCUUGCUGGAGAAUAAGUUGAAUCAGUUUAUCAGAGAAACCUGUGGAAUACUGUGCAUGCAAAUAAUAGUUGCAAUUUCCUGCAAGUUGAGAUUGAUAAUCAACCAGAAUGUCCUGCAAUAAUUGUUUAUCUUCUCUUGAAACACUCCUUUCUUUCACAGUAAUGGAGUUGUCACUAUCCACAUGUGAUUCGGUGGUUUCAUGACAGUUGACUAUUUCCUCACUACAACAGUUCCUACAUGGUGGGCUUAUAUACACGGGUGGGCUUAUAUUCAAAGGGGGCUAGCUAUAUUCGGAGGUUUACGGUAUAUAUGUACCAAGUUGAAAGAAGCAGUUCAGGCUACUUUGGAAGAUAAAUUUCCUGAUAUAAAAAGUUUAAUGGAUCAUCAAUACUGCGCCUUGUCCAAUUUGAUUGAUCAUAAAGAUGUAUUUUGCAUACUGAGAGUUUAAUAUUCCAAAUAGUACCCAGUGUAGCAUAACGACUUGGAAAAACACACAAUUUCCCAGAGAAACCCAUUUUAAUAGUCAUAUGCCCAUUGAACUCUUUGAUCGACUCUCAUGUCUGUGAAGUAAGAAAGCGUGGAUUCAGUGUUACUUAACUGUCAAACGAAGAGGAUGAGAAAGCAAUUCCAGAUGGAGAGUUUACAUUCGUAUUUUGUAAUACCGAGUCUAUUAUUCAAAGUGCGAAAUGGAGAGAAAUGGUUUCAUCAGAAAUAUACCAGGCAAAUUUGCUUGCUUUUGUAACAGACGAAGUUCCGUCAUCCCAAAGUUAAUGUAAAAGGACAAAAGGGAAAGAAUAUAUCCCUUGAUCUCAGCGCUAGAGCAUCUAACUCACAUACUCACAGAGAUGUUGAGAAACCUCGGUCCUAACUUUAAUUAAUGAAGUUACUGCAGCACGUGCCAGUCAUUCACUUAUGCGUAUUGAGAAGUUUCUUCGGUCCGUAGAUAAGGAAGUAGGCAGACAUCAGCCAUCAGGUCAUCAUGUAAUUGCGAAGUGGGAGUCUGACUUUAAAGAACUUGUCAACCAGUUCCAAAUAAAAGGUGAAGUGUUCUGUUUCACAGAAGGCAGGGAGUAUGACAAGUUUCCCAAGUUUGAUCACAAUGUACUAAAUAAUAUAAAUUUCAAAAACCUAAAUGACUAGAUGAAUGACACAAAAGGAAGCUUGAUGAUGCUAAAAAUAAACUUGGUUUUGAUAUUUUGAUAUGACAUAUUAUAGUAAAUGUUGUGGAAAAUAUGCAAUAAAUGGUAUAAAAUCAGGGAUAUUUCAAGCAUUUUAAAUUAAUCAACUACCAGUUUGUAGAAGAUUGAGUUAUUAUUUAGUUAUCCUCUAGAGAGGGAUCUAAGGGCAUGUGGUCACCCAGAAAAAUUUUGAAUUUUACAAUUCUUACUAUAAAAACUGUACUAUGGCUAACUGUACUAUGUACUUACUGUACUGUUGGCAAUUUCAUGUUGGCAUAUAUACCUUGUAUAUGUUUAAUUAUUCCUACAAUGAUUGAGUAUUUUCUUUCAUAAUUACCCUGUCCCAGAGGUUUUUAGGUUUGGCGAAUGCCCAAAAAUUGACAGAAUUUGUUCCAUUUAUUUUUAUAAUAAGCCAAUAUUGCCCGACUGUGAAGUGAAUAUAUUGCCCAACUGGCUUUGUUUGCCCAACAGCCCAUGAUUAUAAAAUAAUGACAUACCUACAACAGCAUUAAUAUCUGAAAACAUAGUCUUCAAUCAGGCUUUCCAUUUCAUAUUCAAUCUGAAGUAGACUCCUCAUCUGAAUCAUGCAUAUCAACUAAUAAAUAAGGCUGGAACUCAUUCUCAUUUAGUUCAGUUCUUGAGCAACCAUCUGUGCCAUUAUCAACAGCUUCAAGGUCGGUUUCGUCAAUGUCAUCAAAUAAUUCAUGAAAAAUAUUUAGUAUCUCCAUCGCAUGUUGGCGAUUAAAUACAGGUAGGUGUGUCAUAAUGUAGUCUAUGCUAAAAACAUACUUUGCUUGCUGGAGAAUAAGUUGAAUCAGUUUAUUAGAGAAACCUGUGGAAUACUGUGCAUGCAAAUAAUAGUUGCAAUUUCCUGCAAGUUGAGAUUGAUAAUCAACCAGAAUGUCCUCCAAUAAUUGUUUAUCUUCUCUUGAAACACUCCUUUCUUUCACAGUAAUGGAGUUGUCACUAUCCACAUGUGAUUCGGUGGUUUCAUGACAGUUGACUAUUUCCUCACUACAACAGUUCCCACUACAAAGGCAAUGCUUAUGACAAUGCAAACAGCAAAAAUGAUCAAUGUCUGGUUGGACUGGGUUUGGAUCAAAAUCAUGCAGAAGUGUUCUUCUCAUGCAAACAUUUGUUUCAUCAGAACAAUAUGCUCGCAUUUUGUCAUCUGCUCCUUUAAGCAGAAUGCCAUUAUAAAACAAUACUGCUUUCGAUGGUAAACCGUCACGGCCAGCCCUACCAAUUUCCUGAAUGUAGUCAUCAAUGUUGCGAGGGGGGCCCAAAUGUAUGACAAGACGUAUGUCCCUGAAGUUCACACCCAUUCCCAAUGCAUUUGUAGCAAAUACAAGUCUACAAACCCCAGAUUCUAUAUGUAGUGACUCCAGAAUUUGACUCUUGAUUAUUUCACUUGUGCAAUGGUGAAACAUUCCAAACAAACAAUUUUUAGAUUUGGGUUCCAUGUCAAUGGGGUAUGCAUCAGAACCAAGUUCAAUUCUGAACAAUGAAUACAGAGAUGCACACAGCUUUAUUGAUUUGCAGUAAACAAUAGUUCUCUCCAUGUCUUGUUUCUCCUUUUUAAGUUUAUCAAGUAGAAACUGAAAGGCCAAUUUUAAAUUCUUGCCAAUUCGUGCCUUAGACAAAUAGAUAUUUGUUCUAUUUGGUGUUUCCUCUAUUAGGGCAUAAUCUUGCCUGAAUGAUAAGACUUGGAGUACAGUUUCUUGAAUUUUCUUUGUUGCAGUAGCGGUAAGAGCCAAAACUGGUGCGAGCGGCCUUUGAGGACCAAGUGACCUAAGUUCAGAUAGACGGGAAAAGCAUUCUCGAAAAGCUGCUCUUUCUCCUUUUCCAAGUCCCCUACAUAUGAUAAGAAAAAAAUUAUUCUGGAUUUCUCCACCAAAACAAAUAAAUUACAGUAUUAAAUAUAAAUAUUUUUAUCCUUUACAGUAUUAAAAUUUAUAAAGUUGUUAGCUCAUAUACAGAUACUAGAUGUUUUUUCCUAAUUCAGUGAAGAAGUAUAAUGUACAUACAUAAAAACAAAUUAUGUUGUACUUCAUACAUACUCUCAGGUUCAAACAGUGUUUACAUGAGCCCUACAGGGAGGGCUGGUCCUCCUGUUGGGCUGAUUAUAGCAAAUUAUUGUAAUUAUAUGAUCUGCAAAUAUGUGAUUAAAAAUGAUAUCGAAAUCUGCCUGCCAGUUUAUAAAUACAAACAAGGCAAAGAAAGGGCUUAAGAAAAUCUGUAUUUAAAUUUAUUAAUUAACCCACCACUUUGGGACGACGUGAACUUCGUCUGUUACAAAAGCAAGCAAAUUUGCCUGGUAUAUUUCUGACGAAACCAUUUCUCUCCAUUUCGCACUUCGAAUAAUAGACUCGGGAUUACAAAAUACAAAUAUAAACUCUCCAUCUAGAAUUGCUUUCUCGUCCUCUUCGUUUGACAGUGAA